GGUUCUGCACAGCGACAUCAAGGCGGAGAACGCCUUGUACGGCGGUUCCGAUGGGAGGACGCUGAAGCUGGCGGAUUUCGGCCUGGCCGUGUACAUCACCCCCAACGAUGGUCCGCUGACUCGCGCCCGAGGGUCGAGAUCCUACAUGGCGCCAGAGAUGCUGGCAGGGGAAGGCUAUGGCUUCCCGGCCGACAUGUGGUCCCUCGGAGUGUUGGUCUACGUGAUCUUGGUGGGGCAGUUCCCGAUCGGGCAGUCCAAGCAGACGAAGUCGGAGUUGACGCGGCAAAUCAUCAAGGCGAACUUCAAGAAACCCUUGUGUCUGGCCAUCACCGUGGCAGUGGUAUGCUUUGUGCCAGUUCUGAAAGUUAGGGCCCCCACCCCUCUGCAGCUCUUUGCGAAGUCGCUGCAAGAAUCGGCGCAAGAAGCAGAUGCUACCGAAGAGGACGCCCCGAUGCUCUUUCCCAUGUACACCGUACCAUCGGAAGCCUUGCUGCAGAUGACAGCAGUCGAGCCCCAUGAAGUGCUAAAGGCUUCUUGGCUGAUAGGACUGAGGGAGUGGAAGAUGAAGGCCAAAGGAGUGCUGGUGAAGUUUGAGGAUAGCAAGGGAAAAGCGGCUUUCAUCUCGCAUCAAUGGGUCGGAGGAGAUCAUCCAGAUCCAGAAUUCAGGCAGUUCUCUAUCCUUCAAGCUGCCUUGAGGAAGCUCUUGACCACGAUGCGGAGCGUUCCCUUGGACUAUGUGUCGGAGGGGGUCGUCGCCUUUGCCAAGAGCUUGAAGACAGAUGUUUUUAAGCGUCCUCGCCCGCAGCUGCUGGGAGGAGUUCUUUUCAUGUCAGCACUGGACAUUGCCAUCUUCUCAGGGCAGACGGAGGCGGUGCGGCUGCUGGUCGCCAGAGGGGCCAAGCUUUCCGGCUUGAUAGACGCAGUGAUCUACUCUGCAAUCAGUGGCAAAGCAGAGUGUAUCCGUAUUCUUCAGGAGCUCCGUCCGGACUACAACGUCAAUCCCCGGAUGUUCUAUGGCGCCGACACGCUCCAAGCUGCUUGUGCUUAUGCGACCAUGGACGUGGUGGAUGAGCUCUUGAAGCAAGAGCGCGUGGCGAAUGACAAGGCGGUGUUGUCGAAGGGGCUAUGUCUUGCUGCCACGAACUGGGGAUGCAGUCCACAGCUUGUGCUGAAACUGGUGGAAUAUGGAGCAGACGUGAACUUCCAGCUGAGAGCGUCCCAUUUUGCACUUUCCUACCAAGUUGUCAGCAAAUAUUUUGCGCUCCGGUAUCGACUAGGUGUUCGUAGCCCCAUAUCGGUGAUGAUGUAUCACCUUGAUGGGCUUACGCCUUUGAUGGCCUGCCUGUUCACAGGACAGUACGAUGGGGCCGCGGCCUUGCUUGCCUCGGGGGCGCGGCCUGAGCUGCGCAACAGCCGGGGCUGGAAUGCUGAGGACGUCAUCAAAGGCCAGACAAUUCCAGGUUGGCUGAAGAAUGGAAUGGCAGGGCAACUGUCAGAUUGCGAAGAUGUCGUGGAGACUGAGCCGGUAAGGCUCAUGAACCUCGCGGGCAAGCUCAAGCGCAGCAUCGCAGCCGAGCAGGGCCGGCUGGAGAUGCGGCGGCGCCUGCAAGGCCAAAGCUCGAACACUGGCUCCUCGAGCGACUUUCACAAGAUCGCCCCCUCCAGCGAGGAGCCACUGACGAACCCCUUGACAGGCAGUCAGUCGGCUCAGGCGGCCCAGGACGAGACGUUAGCCCGACACCUCGCAGUGCAGGUCAAGAGGCUCAAGGUGGUGGAGUUUAUGAGGACUUUGCUGCGACGGAACCCAGAGGUGCGUUGCUCUGCGAGCGAAGCCCUCCAGGCCGAGAUCUUCAUUCAGCAGCAGAGCCAAGAGGUGCUGGACGACGACGAGGGCGACCUCCUGGUGGUGAACCGUCGGCCCCUGAAACGUCAGAAAGAUGGCGAGAAGGAGGGCGACAAGGAGGCGGACAAAGAGGGCGACAAGGGAGCGGCCGACCUGCAGCAGAAUGCCAGCGAAGGAAGCCCUGUCAACCAACAGCGGAAGUCCGACAAGACCAGCCGGGAUCUCUCGUAUCAGCCGGACUCGCCUCGCCACUCCAAGCCGGAGCCCGGGUCCCCGCCGGCCUCGCAGAGCGCGAGGAAGGAGAAG